CACCUCGGCCGUUGUUCUGGUGCAGAGUUGGCAGAUCCAGGGAGGACUUGCUGGAUGUUCAUCUGCGUGGAUCCAGAGUUUGGAUAUCUGAACAUGAAUUAACGUUGGUCUGUGAAACAACAACAUUUUUCAAUACUAACUGGCAGACUUUCACAUGCUGUUUUGAAACCAACAUCUGGACAAACUGUGGUCAGACCUACACUUUAAGAUGUUAACCAUCUCUGUUCUCCAGCUGUUGCUGCUUCUCUUCGCUCCUCUUGUGAUCUCCUCUCCUCUUGCAAAGGAUCAGUCCGUGUGCAGCAGGACCUUCUGUGGUGCAGGUAGAGAGUGUGUGUCUACGGACCGGGGAGAGCCAGUGUGUCGCUGUUUGCAGCAGUGUAAAGAGUCAGAGCACUGGGUGUGUGGCAGCAACGGUAAAUCCUACAGGAACCACUGUGAGCUGCACAGAGACGCCUGCCUCACCCAGACCAGGAUACAUGUGGAGCAGCGAGGCCGCUGCCUGGAUAAACCAACAAAGACAGAUGUGAGCCCCAUCGUGUGCUUGCUGUCUGACCGUGAUUGGCUGAGAGAGAGAGUGAUCCAGUGGCUCCAAGCAGAGAUUGAGUCUGAACAUCUGACCUCAAACAAGUCUUCAAUCAGCGAUGUCCUGCAAAGAUAUUUCCAGACGUUUGACAACGGGGACUCUCAGCUCGAUUCCAGAGAGUUCCUGCGCUUCCUGCAACACAACGCGACCGCUCUCAACCUCACAUACUCUGACAGUCUGGAUAUGAACCUGCUGCUGAGUUCUCUGUGUGCCGACGCUUUGAUGGAGCUGUCAGAUGAAAAUGCCGACUGGAAGCUGAAUCUUACCGAGUUCAUCAACUGUCUCACACCCAGCUACCACCCACCGGAGAGAAAGUGUGCUCUGGAGGAUGAGGUGUUUGAGGAUGGAGCUGAGACUACGUUGGAGUGCAACAAGUGUGUGUGUGCUUGUGGAAACUGGGUGUGCACUGCUCUGAACUGCAAUGGGGAACAUCAGGUGAAGAAGGAUGUUCGGGAGGAAGAAGAAAUGACGGAGGAGGAGUGGAGCAGGAGAGUGGCUGAACUCAACACUUUACAGGAAACCUUCAAGACGGAGAGCUGAGGCCACGCCCACUGUAGCAGCAGCCGCCAAUCAGCAGUUGAGAGCUUUUAUUUAAAAAAAAGAAAGGUUCACAUCAAGCUACUGAUGGACCGGCAUUUUUAUUCAAUUCCUGUUUUCCUUUUUUUGUACCAAAAAUGUGUAGAUCUAUAAUUUUCGUAGUUUUAUUUAUUUUCAGUAUUUUAAACACUCUAAAGCUGGAUUUCUGUUUGGUAUAUCUUUUUACUCACUCACUUAAUUAUAUUUAUUAGUGAAUUAAAACAUCAAGCCCAUUGUUAACCAGCAACAAGUUAAAUAAUAUUAUUUUUGAUUGCCUUCUUCUGUAUAAAAUGUGUUUAGGGGGUUUGCCAAUCUUUUGUUUUGGUGAAAUUUUAAUGCAGACUCAUUCAAUAAAAUUGGUGCUAUUAACAAUUAUUCCAAAAUAUUAAAA